AUGAUGCGAAAGGUAUGCUUAGUGCUGGUGGCAGGCGUGAUCGCCCUCGUUUCAGGCGAUACCAGUCAUCAUGUUAAGAGUUCUCUGCACCACCCACUACAUCGCCACGCGGCUCCAAAACAUCAUGUAGCCCCUGUACACCAUGCUGCCCCAAAGCCUCCACACUACGCCUAUGAGUACGCCGUCAACGACGACUACGCCGGCACCCACUUCGGCCACUCGGAGGCUCGCGACGGCUACAACACGGAGGGCAAGUACUUCGUGCACCUCCCCGACGGCCGCGUCCAGACCGUCACUUACUACGCCGACGAGACUGGCUACCAUCCCACCGUCUCCUACGAGGGGACGGCCCACUACGACGCCCACGCAGCCGUCCCUCACCACGCCCCUGUCAAGACCUACCACGCUCCCGAACCAGCAUAUCAUGCCCCUGAACCAGCAUAUCACACCCCUGAGCCAACAUAUCAUGCCCCAGUUCUACCCACCUAUCAUGCCUAA